AUGGAUAAUACAAAUACGGAAAACUCUCAAGAGGAAAAGGUUUCGCUUGUAUCACUCUCACAAAAUUACAUGCAAUGUCCUAUACAAGAUUUAGUUAUUCUAAUAUCUAGAAUGAUAACGUCGGUCAUACUCAUUAACGAUGGGAAAUUAGAACAAGAAAAUACAAAAAAAAACAAAAGCAAAAGAAAAAUGGAAAAUGGUUGUACUAUUGAUGGGAAAGAUGAUAAUGAAGAAAAUAAAACACUAACAAGAUUUCAUUCUAAAAUACCACCCCCUAUAUCGGUUUAUGAUUAUUUAGUACGGCUCACAAAGUAUUCAUCUCUAGAUCAUUCUGUGUUAUUAACCACAGUUUAUUAUAUUGAUUUGCUAACUUCGGUUUACCCUGUAUUUAAUGUUAAUUCCUUAACUGUCCAUAGGUUUCUUUUGGCAGCAACAACUGUAGCCAGCAAAGGUUUAUGCGAUUUAUUUUUUACAAACAAUCACUACGCAAAAGUUGGUGGCGUCCAGUAUUCAGAAUUAAAUAUUCUAGAGGAAGAGUUUUUAAAUAGAAUAAACUUUCGUAUUAUACCUAGGGAUUAUAAUCUGUACCUGUGUAAACAAGAAAUAAUGCAGCAGAAAUUUAAUAUAUAUCCACCUAAAGAUCAGCUGUCUUUGGCCAACCAGGGCUACAAUAUUUUAACUACAUACUAUACAAGAAUGAUACAAGUUGUCGGCAACUAUAACACCUGUAAAGAUAAAUCGCAUAAAAAGAGCUACACAAUACUUUUGUCACCCCCUAUCCGACAACGCUAUUCACUGAUGACAGACACUUCUGAAAACACAAAUAGUUCUAAUAACAACAGUAGGAAAAGGGCAUACCAUGACCACAAUCAUCACCAUCCUGGUGAAUGUUGUGAGACUAGUGAAAAUGAGGAAUUUUUCUCGCUCUCUUCCAUUUCUUCUGUUUCACAAAUAUAUUCCACAGCUAGCACUGAAAAUAAUAUUAAACAAGAAAAUAUUAAGCAUAAUAAUGGUGAUCUCACUAAUAAUUUUUCCUGCACUUCAGAUACUUAUAAAGGGCUAUAUCAUCCCUUGAAAAAACCGAACAGUAAUCCUACAAGCACUGGCACUUCUAAUAAUGGUGUUAGCCUUGAUAUUUCUAAUGACAGUGAUAGCGAUAAUAACCAAUAUAAAAUAUCAGCGGAAACUAUAGCGCCAACUAGAUUAAGCGUGAAUACUCCUUUUACUAGUUAUACUGAAACUCGGACUAAUUCUAUUAAUAAUAAUGAUACUAAUAGUAUAAGUUAG